GCAGGACGCAGGGGCAUCUCUCUCUGGAAGGGACACAGCCGGUCAGAUGUCCGGGAGCCCGCCGCGCCUCUCCCAGGACCCCAGCCGAGGGCGGCCGUGAUGCUGCAGUGAGGCGGGAGCAGCCGGCCCUGCUGCUCUCCCUCCCAGACCCCUCCAGCGCCGGCCGGCCGCCGGGAAAGCCACCAUGGCUCGUGACCUGCCCGGAGGCCACUUCCUCUAGCGAGAGAUCCCCGGAAAAGUUGCAUUGGCGAAGAUCCUUGUGGCUGACCUCUGGGGCCGUGGCGGGGGGGCUCCCCAGCUGCGCGUGUGCGAGCUGGAAAGCCAGAGGUGUGUGUGUGCAUGGGGCACCGGCCGCGGGGCUGCCCUCCUCGGCCACUUCCCCAGGCGUUGGGCUGAGGCUCCAACCACAGACUCUGGGUCGCCGAGGCUGCGAUGAGCCCUUGCGGGCGGGCCCGACACACGUCUAGAGGGGCCAUGGCCGUGCUGGCAUGGAAGUUCCCGCGUACCCGGCUCCCGGUGGGAGCCAGUGCCCUCUGCGUGGUGGUCCUCUGUUGGCUGUACGUCUUCCCUGUCUACCGGCUGCCCAACGAGAAGGAGAUCGUGCAAGGAGUGCUGGCGCAGCGCGCGGCGUGGAGGAGGAACCAGACCGCAGCCAGGCUCUUCAGGAAACAAAUGGAAGACUGUUGCGAUCCUGCCCAUCUCUUUGCCAUGACUAAGAUAAAUUCCCCCAUGGGGAAGAGCCUGUGGUACGACGGGGAGUUUUUAUACUCAUUCACCAUCGACAAUUCCACGUACUCCCUCUUCCCCCAGGCAACCCCCUUCCAGCUGCCAUUGAAGAAAUGUGCGGUGGUGGGAAACGGUGGGAUUCUGAAGAUGAGUGGCUGUGGCCGUCAAAUAGAUGAAGCAAAUUUUGUCAUGCGGUGCAAUCUUCCUCCCUUGUCAAGUGAGUACACCAGAGAUGUCGGCUCCAAGACUCAGCUGGUGACAGCUAAUCCCAGCAUAAUUCGCCAGAGAUUUCAAAACCUGCUGUGGUCGAGAAAGACAUUUGUGGACACCAUGAAGAUCUAUAACCACAGCUACAUUUACAUGCCUGCUUUUUCCAUGAAGACGGGGACAGAGCCAUCUCUCCGUGUGUAUUACACGCUGAAAGAUGUCGGUGCCAACCAAACGGUGCUUUUUGCCAACCCCAACUUUCUGCGGAGCAUUGGAAAGUUCUGGAAGAGUAGGGGCAUCCAUGCCAAGCGCCUGUCUACAGGACUCUUUCUGGUGAGUGCAGCCUUGGGCCUGUGUGAAGAGGUUGCCAUCUAUGGCUUCUGGCCCUUCUCUGUGAACAUGCACGAGGAACCCAUCAGUCACCACUACUAUGACAACGUCUUGCCCUUCUCAGGCUUCCACGCCAUGCCUGAGGAAUUCCUCCAACUUUGGUACCUUCACAAAACUGGUGCACUGCGGAUGCAGCUGGAUCCGUGCGAGGGGCCAUCGCUCCAGCCCACUUCCUAGGGACUGCAGACGAGGAGAGGACCGGACGGGUAUUUUUGCUAGCUUUUUUAUGUAUGUGACUUCUAAAAGGAACUGCCAAAGUGUGUCUUGGACUGGCAUGAUAGGAAACAAGCAGAAACCCAAGCAGAACUUCGAUUUUGACACUGGCUUGGAGAACCGUAAGACAGAAAAUGUUCUGGGGAAUGUUUUUAUAACGUGUUGUGGAUUUGCAGUUGGAACACCAAGAGAUGAUGCUGACAGAAGAUAAGAUCCAAGGACCAGAUGAACUCUAGUUGCUGAGGCCGAGGGGCUCAUCAUGCAGUGUGUGUGGGAUGCUGACUGUUAGUAGACACUGGCAGCGUAAUCAUUUUAAAAGACCUGUCUUAUUGAGACUGGCAUCAGAACUAUAGGUUUUAAAAAUUAUUAUUUAUUUUUGCCCUGUUGAGGGCUGUGGGUGGGUGGUGGUAUAGGCUUACAAAAUUCUUCCUGCUGAUUAUUGGGAUUUGGUAAAACAAGUCCGUGUUCACUCUAGUUCCCUCCACUAGUGCAGUUUUAAGUAAGAAUUGCUUCUUGCCUUUUUUUUUGGUUAAGUGUACUUAGCACGAAGCUCUGUUGAGUUUAGACUGUGUUGAUUCAUAGUCUAGAUAACAUGAGCCACUUGUCUCCUCAGAAGUUGAGAGAGAAACUUGAUUUUAGAGAAACUCAUGCCAUUGGCUCUGUUGCUAUUAUUUUUUACAAAAUCACUAGACAUGCAAGUACAAAGUGGCAAAGGUAUCUUCAUCAUUUAGUGAGAGGUGAAGUAGCUCACUCAGAGCCCAGAAGGCAGGGCCCUUUCUGUCUCUAACAUGAAUAUUUCCCUUCAAGAUAACUCAUAUGUACAUACAUAUGAAUAUUUCCUCUCAAGAAAAUGUAUGUAUAUGUACACAUGAAUAUAGACAAAUACACUCUGACACACUCUACAAAGUAAUCACAGGCUAUUCUCUGUCAGUACUGAGUGUGAAUGGCCUGGUGUCUGUAACCAGUGUUAGAAAGGUACAGAGAUAGAGUAUGGAAUCCAUUCCACGUUGGCGUAAGUCCAGCUGCCAUAGCAGUUUUGCAUGCCAGCACAGGGCGCAAGGCUCAUCCUUCAAUACACAGUCCAGAGUGAGAACUACUCUCUUAAUCAUACUGCCUCCUUCCACCCCAAAUUUCAUGAAUGGGGCCUGCGUUGAGCAUAGUGAUAUAUAAUGUGGCUCAUGCAAGUAAGCAGGUAGGAGCCACUGGCUGCUUGUUUCCGGUGGGCCUGCUAAUACAACUUGCACAGCAUCUUUGGCACAACGGGGGACCUCUACUGGCAGAUUCUGGCCAGUGUACUGUAGGUCAGGAGGCAAGCAGGGAGAUCUCUCAGGAGCUUUGUGCUUUGAGGUGUGCUAAGCUUCAAGAAGCUGUAACAACUCAUGUUUAUUGUUCCCAAUGUUGUCAUUGUAUAGGUAAACUUGACCCAUAUGCUCAGCUUCAUCUUGAAGGUGGAACAGUUUAUGGGCCUUGUCUAUGAGAGAUGGAGUCCUAAAAAGAGGGUUAACUCACAAGAUAACAAACCCACUGAAGGAUAGUCCAUUUGGAGUAGGGGAUUUCCACAUGUGAUCAAAUAUUCAGGUUACUGUAGAAACAGCAUCUGAACGGAGGCUGGGCGGCACAGUGGUCCACAGCUCAUGCUGAUGUCUAGAGGAUUCAGUUCGGAAGUUCACCAGUGUGCAAAGCUGGCUUAGUGUUCCCACCUGUGCGGCAGAAGCAGGCUCUCUAGAAGGCGGGGUGAGUUGGAUUAGUCCUGUUUGUGCAACCCUAAAUAUAAUUCGUGUUUUGAGCUACUGGUAUUGAAUAAUUAUCUGAGAAAGAAUACAUUCUUACCAAUAAGCUUCAUGAAAAGUGAAAAAGGGCUAAGAAAAGAACACAUACAAAGGUUAAUUAAAUAUGCAUUCAGGUGAAUGUGUUAAUUUGUCGAAAUCUAAAUGAGAAACUCAUAAAAUCCACGCCUCACAGUUCACUGAGCAUGCUUUCUAGGAGUUCUAACCCUCCAUACAGUUACGGUUCCUGGAACAAGUUCCUGUAGUAGAUUUGUGUGUUUAGUCUAUACAGUUUUAAUGCUAUUCUGUAUGGCACCUGAAUUGCAGAACAGAAACGGUCACCACUGUUGACUAGAUCUGUGCUUUUCUCCUGUGCUAAUUGCCCCCCCCCCACGUGCCAUCAGCCUACACUGUUGUUAUGACCAAGAGUACUGACCGCUCGUAGUAGGGGGGAGCCAUGCAUGGCAGUCCAGCAGUAGCAGGUCAGCCAAUUGCUGCAGAAGGUGGACGAACCCCAAGUUAGAGCAAAAGAAAAGUUUGAAUGUUUAUGUUACCUGGGACACAGGUAAAAUGCUCAUAUCACAAACAGCAUUGCUGUAACCUUUCGUUAUUUUCUAGUGACAAUCCACUGGUAUGUCAUAUAUGUAACUUUCUGUGUGUUUGGUUAGAUGAUGUAGCUAAGCAAGAGGUAGGUGUGUCUGUCUCUGUGUGUAUAGCGGUACCUGUGUGUCUGUCUCUCUGUGUGUGUGUGUAUCAGUGUCUGUGUUUCUGUGUAUGUAUAGCUUUUUGUGUUUGUUCAGCAUCAUUUUUAGUAAAAUAUGUGUUCCUAAGUAGAAACCUCCCUAGAAUCAUUCUGUAGAGCAUUCUAGAAUACUGUAUUACUCUUAAGAGGUUGGGUACUAUUUAAUUCUGCUUAUUGAAAUUAAUGUCUUCAGCUUUGGGCGUGGUCCAUUAUUUAAUAUAUCUGACCUUUAACUUUCUGCUCAGAAAGAAUUUGGCUCAUGAUAAAAAUGUUUAAUUUCAGAAAAAAUUUAAUUAAUUUCAGUGCAUUUGACAGGAGAUGAUACCUAACUCUACCACCAAUGAAAUCAAUGCAUUAAGUAUCUCUCUCUCUCUCUCUCUCU